AUGCCGAUUAUUAAAAGCUGUGUCCACGCCGAUGAACUCCAUGCGGCGAAGGACGCGCUCGCCACUGCCAAUCGCGAGGCCGACGCCCUGCGCCAACAGGCGCUCGAACAGGCCGCGCAACUCGACGAACGUGCUCAGCAAAACGCGAGGCUUGCUGGGGAGCUUGUGCAGGCUGAGACGAAGCUGGAAGAGGCCCACCGCCAGCUCACAGAGAUGCAGGUGCAAGCCCAAGUGCGAGAGGAGCAACACCGCGAACAGAUGCACCGCAUGGCGCAGAACGUGCGCACUCUGGAGGAUAUGGUUCAGGCGUCGCGGCGGCGCGAGAGGGAAGGAUCGAGUUCGACGUACCACCGUGGGCAGAGCGCCGGCAACGGUUCCACGGACGACGCAGGCCGAGCUCGGCAGCAUGCUGAGCUGAGCCACGCACAGGGGGAACUGACCCACUCUCAAAGGCUGCACUCUUUUGGGAGCUCAGCGUUGCAGCAGCAGCCGGCUGUGCCGACACGAGGCAACAAGGCUGUACGAGAACAGCACUGCUCGCUGCCUAGCCCCUCUGCGGCAGCGAGUCCGCCGAUCUCCGCGCAGGCUUUGUACUGGCAGGAGCAGCUGCUUGGCGUCAGUCAGCGUGCAGCCGAGGGCUUUGGCGAAGUGCAGCGACAGCUGCGCCGCUGCCUGCCUCCGUCGCCUCCGAGCACCUCGCCUGCUGCCGCAGGCAGCAAGGCACACCCUGACCAGGAACCGCUUGCUGCCAGUGCGUCUCCCGGCACUGAUGAUGCAUAUCGAUGGAGCCAGCAGCUGCGUCGCCUCCACGCGGACUUUGACGAAGUCGUGCAUGCGGACUCGAGGCUGAUCAGCUUCCUACUCCUCGUGGCGCAGCAACAGAGCCAGCAGGCACGCACCCUUCAGGAGCGGUGGGCUGAGGCACAGAGCACUGUGCGAGAGGCGGAGGCGGUGCUGGACGAAGCGAAUGCGCGAGUGACACGUAAUGCACAGGAAUCGGCGGUGUUGCGCCAAGAGUGCGCCGUCCUUACAGAGACGCAGACGGCUCUGCAGGCGCAACUCACCAACCGGACCCGCGAGCACCAAGCCGCCGUCACUGCCCUGCAUCGUCUGCAGGAGGCGCACGCGCAACUCACCCACGCUCACACGAGGCAGGAGGAGAUGUGGAGCACGCGCCUGACGCAGGCUGCUGAGCUGCAACAGCAGGCCAGCAACUACGCACAGAAGCUCGAGGCAGCGUUACUGGAUAAGGAGCGGCUAAUGUCUGCCGCGACGGCAUCGACUGAGCAGCAGCUUCGGCGUGAGGUCCUCGAAGCCACCAAGAAGCAUGUGGCCGUGUUCUUGAAACAGCUCAACGCCUCCGCAGAGCAGCUGCAGAGCUCUCUGGCAAGUCUCUCCCACACAUCACCGUCGUCUGCACUCGCCGCUUCGGCCGUGGCAGGGGGUGCUGUACAGAAGGUGCCAUCGGCCGCCUCGCCGGAGCCCUCCCCGCCAGGGGCGUCCUCGUCGGCGUACUCCGCCUCUCUCUCACCGUGA